GUUUCUUUUUGACGGGAAGGAACGCGGUGCGCGUUCUCGAAUGUCGGGAAUCGCGCGAGCGCGCUGCUGAUGACGUUGCCUGGCAAGCGCUACGACCCGAUUGUCCCAAGGGGUCAGCCUGACCACCCGACACCACAGCCGCUGAAGUGAAGGGUUGUUGCCGGAGUAUGAAGCGCCAUCGUGGGCAGGAGUAGCCUCAAAUCCCUGAGCGUCUUCACCGUAAUUAGCGGUAAGUGAAGGCUGGUUUCUCAUUGGCUGCUUCGCUCCCAGAUUCCUUCCUGUCCUGCUGAGAUCCUAGAGCCACCCUGGCGACCCCUACCGCUGUCGCCAUGGCUCCCAAAGACAUCAUGACAAAUUCGCAUGCCAAGUCCAUCCUGAACGCCAUGAAUGCUCUGCGGAAGAGUAACACGCUGUGUGACAUAACGCUGCGCGUGGACAACACUGACUUCCCUGCGCACCGCAUCGUCCUGGCAGCCUGCAGUGACUACUUCUGCGCCAUGUUUACCAGCGAGCUCUCAGAAAAAGGGAAGUCAUAUGUGGAUAUCCAGGGUCUGACUGCGAUCACCAUGGAGAUCCUCCUGGACUUUGUGUACACGGAGACGGUGCUGGUUACCGUGGAGAAUGUGCAGGAGCUGCUGCCUGCCGCGUGUCUGUUGCAGCUCAAAGGGGUCAAGAGGGCCUGCUGUGACUUCCUGAACAGCCAGCUGGACCCGACGAACUGUCUGGGCAUCCGGGACUUUGCCGAGAUGCACAACUGCCUGGAGCUGAUGACGGCGGCCGAGCUCUUCUCCCAGAAGCACUUCAGCGAGGUGGUGCAGCACGAGGAGUUCAUGCUGCUCAGCCAGGACGAGGUGGAGAAGCUCAUCAAGUGUGACGAGAUCCAGGUGGACUCUGAGGAGCCUGUGUUUGAGGCCGUAGUGAACUGGGUGAAGCACAGCCAUAAGGAGAGGGAGCCGUUUCUGUCCCACAUGCUGGAACAUGUCCGCAUGCCUCUGCUCACACCGCGCUACAUCACCGACGUCAUCGACGCUGAGCCCCUGAUUCGCUGCAGUCUGCCGUGUAGAGAUCUGGUUGACGAAGCCAAGAAGUUCCACCUGCGGCCUGAGCUGAGAAGCGAGAUGCAGGGACCCCGGACACAGGCACGCCUAGGUGCUAAGGAGGUGCUGCUGGUGAUCGGGGGCUUUGGCAGUCAGCAGUCCCCCAUAGACGUGGUGGAGAAGUACGACCCCAAAACACAGGAGUGGAGCUUCCUGCCUAACAUCGCCCGUAAGCGGCGCUACGUGGCGACGGUUGCCCUUAACGACCGCGUGUACGUGAUUGGCGGGUACGACGGGCGCUCGCGGCUCAGCUCGGUGGAGUGUCUGGACUACACGGCAGACGAGGACGGGGUCUGGUACACCGUGGCAACCAUGAACGUGCGCCGAGGACUGGCAGGGGCCACCACACUAGGAGACAUGAUCUACGUGGCGGGGGGUUUUGACGGCAGCCGAAGACACACCAGUAUGGAGCGUUACGACCCCAACAUUGACCAGUGGAGCAUGCUGGGAGAUAUGCAGACGGCCAGAGAGGGCGCAGGACUGGUGGUGGCCAGCGGCCUCAUCUAUUGCCUCGGGGGAUACGAUGGGCUGAACAUUUUGAACUCGGUGGAACGGUACGACCCGCACACCGGCCACUGGACCAGCGUCACGCCCAUGGCUGCCAAACGCUCCGGGGCAGGUGUGGCUCUGCUGAAUGACCAUAUCUAUGUGGUGGGGGGCUUUGACGGCACGUCCCACCUGUCGUCCGUAGAGGUGUACAACAUCCGCACCGACUACUGGACCACCGUGUCCCCCAUGACCACGCCGCGCUGCUACGUGGGGGCCACCGUACUCCGGGGGAGACUCUACGCCAUAGCGGGGUACGACGGAAAUUCCCUCCUCAACAGCAUUGAGUGCUACGACCCUGUGAUUGACAGCUGGGAGGUGGUGACGUCCAUGGCCACGCAGCGGUGUGACGCGGGGGUGUGUGUCCUGCGAGAGAAAUGACCCCUCGCUGAAGACCCUCCAAAAGGACAGCGGGUCCAUCGUUGGGGGGGGAUGGGGGGGUUGGAGAGAAAUCAGCAGCUCCCACUCGGGUCCAUGAUGUGCCACUUUUCCCUAGUUUUAGAUGAGCGAGAGAGAGAGAGACCCUAAGCACACUGGUGUCUCUCGACCCAGCAGACAUUGACAUUGGACUUGUGUUCUGAGUCUGUGUUCCCAUGACGACCCAGCAGACAUUGGACUUGUGUUCUGAGUCUGUGUUGCCAUGACGACCCAGCAGAAAUUGACAUUGGACCUGUGUUCUGAGUCUGUGUUGCCAUGACGAAUGUACUCACACCCACACUGUUAGAUCUCAACUCUAAUGACUGAAAGAGUGGGCGUGGCCAAUCACAUGAGCCCUAUCUUUUGGUGGCAGUGGCUACCACGGUUACCUGUAGGACUGCAGAUCAAGGAAAUGUGCAAUAUUAUGUUCUCUGCCACUACUGCAAUGGAUAUGAGAAUACACACACACACACACACACACACACACACACACACACACACUCUUCAGCUGCUGCUAUAUGCCUUACCGCCCCAUAUUGAUCACUUUGCACAUGAUCAUGGGACUUGUUUCAUAUACACCCAUACACACACACACACCCACAAACACACACACACCACUUGUUGCCUGUGUUGUAGUAAAGGACUUUUCUCUAGUG